GUGUGAUAUUUCAGUGUCUGAGAAGCAGUGAGCAAGACAGCAGUCAUCAACAAUAAUCUUAAUUCCCAGCCCAGCAGAUCCCAGUUUAAGGAAAGAAAGGCAUAAAUGAUCAAACAAAAGAAUUACUUGAAAGAGGAGUUGUAAGGCAAAAGUAUGUAAAGGUACUUAAGUUCUCACACUGGUGUUUUUCUUUGAAAAUGAGAUCUAAACUUUUAAAACCAGAAGGUGCUUUUCAGAGAACAUAAACAGGGAGGGAGAGGAGGGGACAAACUAAAAUAACUGAAGCAGUGAUGAAGGACUCGACUCUGUGUCUUUUCAAAGAGCAGUGUGGAAAUAUUCUCCAUUGAAAGCCCCCAAGCAACCACUGAUCUGGCUUUUGAUUUCUGUGAGGAAGAAGCAACCAUGAAGCUUCCUGUGGUUCUGGGCUGACUGAGAAGUGAGGGGUACAGGGCCUGUCAGAAAUGUAGUCUGACCAGAAGGAACGUGGCUGGAGGUUUAAUUGAACACGUGGCUCCCUGGGAAGCUUCACAGGAGGUGCUGCAGGGUAGGGGAGCAGCUGUGCAGGUACAGACCCUGGACUGAGCUUUGCUGCUUAUCAGACAUCAGCUCCUCAGUUCUACUGCACACCACAUCUGGUUCCAAGCAGGAGGAACAGUACUUGUCCUUGUAGAAUGUUCAGUGAAGCUCACGAAGGAGAGGGAGUUCUGCCAUCUCGGUUUGGACUUGGUGGUCUUUGAGGUCUCAGUGGGUCCCUUCCAGCUCAGAAUAUCCAGUGGUUCUGUGACCCCGCAUGACCCUCGUGUAGCUGAUCAGGAGUUUCUUGCCACUCUGUAAAUCACCACUAAGGACAUCUGCCCUGACCUUGGAUCUAUGUUGGAGGCUCUUUGUGUUGACUUCAAACACAUUUGUGACAGCUUCUGCCUCACAGGUUCCCCUUUCCACCACUGCUGAACUUCUGUUGAUGCCACAGGCCUCAGCCAGCAGGGGCCAUGCGAUGCUCCCUGAAACGCUCCCUCAUGGUUCUGCUUGCUGCCUCCUUCCUCCUCCUCCUCCUCCAUGGGGGCAGCCGGCAGGAACAGGAUCCCCUGGAGGUGCAGCUCAGCCUGGAUCCCCUGCAGGACACGAUCCUGCAGCUGCUGCAGCCGGAGGGAGCCCAGCACAUCCUCAGGGACACAGCUGAGCUCUCUGCACUCCACAACAUCUCCUACCGGCUCCUCGCUGGCUCCCCAGCUCCCCGAAAAAAAUUCCUGGCAGUGGGAAUGGCAUCUGUGCAAAGGCCACGUGGUUUCUACCUCCUGGCCACGCUCCAGUCCCUCUUCAGCCAGUCUACAGAGGAGGAACUGCAGGAGAUGGUGGUGGUGGUGCACCUGGCUGACACUGAUCCUGGCUGGAAUGUGCGUGUUGCCGCCACCAUCGCCCAGAAGUUUGCUCGCCACAUCCUCCUGGGACGGCUCCUGCUCAUCCAUGCUCCCCCUGAAUUCUACCCCACCCUGGAAGGCCUGAAGAGGAACUUCAACGAUGCAGAGGAGCGGGUGAGGUUUCGCUCCAAGCAGAAUGUGGACUAUGCCUUCCUGCUCGCCUUUGCCGCCAACCUCUCCUCCUACUACCUGAUGAUUGAGGAUGACGUGUGGAGCGCCAGGUCCUUCCUGACGGCCAUCCGCAGGGCAGUGGCUUCCCAGGAGGGCUCCAACUGGGCCACCCUCGAAUUCUCCAAGCUGGGCUACAUCGGAAAGCUCUACCGCUCCAGUGACCUUCCUCGCCUGGCUCAAUUCCUCCUCCUCUUCUACCAGGAAAUGCCCUGUGACUGGCUGCUGGUCCACUUCCGCCAACUGCUCACUCAGAAGGACGUGAUCCGCUUCAAGCCAUCCCUCUUCCAGCACAUGGGCCUCUACUCCUCCUUCCAGGGCACCAUCAACCGGCUGGAGGACGAGGAUUUCCAAGCCGAUGCCUUGGACCUCCCGGACAACCCGCCAGCAUCCCUGUACACCAGCAUGUCCAUUUUUGAGAACUAUGAGCCCCUCAAGGCCUACAGUUCAGCACAGGGGUACUUUUGGGGCAAAGACCCAGCAGCUGGCAGUACUUUUUCCAUCGUGUUCCAGCAGCCAGCCCGAGUCAGCCGUGUCCGGGUGCGCACGGGCUCCGUGGAGCGCCCAGGUGAUUUCCUGCGUGCAGGGCUGCUGGAGCUGGGCCAGCGCCGGGACCGCAGCCGGGACUGCUCCUCCUACAUCCCUGUGGGCUCCUUCGAGAAGGGAACCCUGGAGCAGCGGGGCCUGGAGAGGGUCCUGCCUGGGCCCGUGGAGUGCGUGAGGAUCCGGGUGACGCAGGACCAGAGCGAGUGGCUCAUCAUCCAGAGCAUCGACAUCUGGACCACAGCAGGCACUUAAGCAUAACACCUGUGGCAGGAUGUCAAAGCCCCUGGAUUUGGUUCCUUUAUUUUUCACAUUGCCGUUUUGGAUAAGAAAUUAAGUUAUUGGCUCUCACUGGUCCAUGUCUGGAGAGAUGGGAACCACUGAUGUGGGCUGUGGAUGGGUUUAGGAGCAGGGCACAUCAGAAUGUACCUGCUGGAGGAUGCCCCAAUGAGCCAGGGAGGGGGGCACAGGAAGGGGAAGGGGCUUGGGAAAUCAAGGCUGAGCAGUAGAAAACCUUUCCUCCCAGGAAGGAUGAUGUACAGGACAAAGCUGAUCAGCCAAUUAACAAACCAAAUAAUUAAUCAGGCAGUGGUAUUUUUUGGAGCCUCUCCACACCUUACCUGCUUUAAGUUUUCUAACCUUUUCCAAAACUCGAUUUCUAACUCCCCCCUUUCUGAUCCCAUUUCCUAGCUGCUCCUGGAGGGGUCAGGGGAAAGUCUGGGGAUGCUGCUCACCAAACCCUUCACCCUGCAGGUUCAGCAGGUUCGUGGCCGCAGCAAGCUCCCACUGGUGCCCGGCCGUUUCCCGGUGCCGAUCGGGGGCGACGGCCACCAGAUGGACCCAUCGGCCCGGCCCCGGGCACCGCCUCCCCCGGCGCUCCUUGUUCCCGCCCUCGAAGGGAAAAAAACAAUUCCCAGGGACCUCACUUUGUGGUUUUGCGGGGUUCACACGGAGCGAGGACAGUCAAGAUGGGGCUUCUAGAAAGGUGAGGAAGGCACAGAAUUGAGCUCCAGGGAACAAAGAUAAGCCAAGGAAAAUGUGACCUCGGUGUAACGAGAAGCUGCGGGUCCUUUUUAGCCCAGUGAGGUGCUGAAGGGUAAUUGGGGUACACACAGGCUCCCAAAAGCUGCUGUUUGGGUUUGUCUGGCAGGGUCAGCUUGGAGGGCUGGAUGCUCCACUAGCAGCUGCGGGCCCCAGCAUGGAGGGCAGUGACUGGCACUUCUCCCAUUUAGGCUUUUAGCAACAAUUUCUCAGCUUCCUGCAAAGGAAGAAUUCUAGUCUGCUCAGCAUUCCCAUGGGAUAGCCCAGAGAAAUUAAGUCACUAACCUGUGCUAAGCAGGACUCUGGUCUGCCCAUGUUCCAAGCCUGGCUCUCCUGGAGCAGGACAGGGACAGUGCCAGGGACACUCCUGCAGCGCUGUAACCACAGCUCUGGUUU